AAUGGCUCGAGUCAUUGGCUAAAAGGGCAAUGGAGGCGGGACUUGGAGGGGGUGGGGCAUGCGCCUACCAGCCGGGAACCGCCAGCCCAGCGGCGACUUGACCUCCGGAAGUGGGGUAACGGGCUCCGGUGCGGGUGCAGCGACGGACUGCGGCCAGAGCCUCAGGUAGCAGCAGUAGCGGAAGCAAUGUUUCACUUCUUCAGAAAGCCUCCAGAAUCUAAAAAGCCUUCAAUGUCAGAGACAGAAGCAGAUGGAUUCGUCCUCUUAGGAGAUAAAGCAAAUGACCCAGAAGAUAAAACUUCAGAAGUAGAAGGCAGCCCACCUUUGGAGACCGGCCAGGAGAACUCACCCAGUGUGACUGCAGCAGGAGGCCCUGCGAGCGAACCGGUGGCAGGCCAGACGCUGGAGAACAGCUCACUGAUGGCCGAGCUGCUGGGCGAUGUGCCCUUCGCCUUGGCCCCACACAUCCUGGCCGUGCAGGGCACCGUCAGCGACCUGCCUGACCACUUACUCUCCUUUGAUGUCAGUGAGAACUUAUUACGCUUUUGGUAUGAUUUCACUCUGGAAAACUCGGUGCUUUGUGAUGCGUAAUUUUGUGUGUCUAUUUGCACGUUAAGAGCUUUAAAAAGAAAAAAAGGUUUGCCUAUUUUAUUUAACCUGUUUGGCAUUAUGUUCUUUAUCAUUUCACCCCUUAAAGGCCCUCAAAAAAGCAGGGAUCUUUAAACAAAAUAAUAUCAUGUUCAUUGCUUUAUUCUUUAGGAUUAAAUAGAUGUAUACAAAUGGAACUUCAGUUCUAUUUACCUUCUCCCCACAUAGUAAAUGUAAAAAUUGAGCCAUCAAGGUUGUAUGAAAGGAACAAGUUGCUACAGCUGGUCCCUCCACCUCUAGCACUGUGAAAGAGAACCGAGACAGCUUUCUUAGCAGACUCUGCAGCCUGAGCGGAGGGUGCAUGUGAAGUCUCUUCCCUGGCUCACAGGAGGUGGGAGUUCAUUUUAUUCUCUUUCUUUUUCCUCACUGAGUAUGAAUGAAUUCAGAAAAAAGUUUCCAGUUAACUUAAUUUCUUGAGUCUCAAUAUAGACAGAGUGAUGUGGACUUUUAAAACUUCCCCUAACCAGCAGUGUUGGUUGCUAAUACAGAAAUGCUGUUAGCACUCAGCUGCUUUUUCCUGAGUGUACACUUGAGUUUUCUGAGACCCGUAGCCACCCCUCCCCACCCUGACUGGUUGCUGUGUUUCCACCUUUGUUUUCUCCCCUUUCCCCACUUCUGAACUCUCUCCAACCAGCUUCCCAGACACUUUUCUGCUUCUGCUUCAGUUGGCGUUUGCUCUACUUACCACACGUGUUCCCAGUAUCUGAAAAGGGCCAUAUUUCAUUUUCAACAUCUCUGCCUCUUGAAUAAAGACAUUUCAUGAUGAUACGUAUUAUUGCUGAUAGCACCCUUACUUAGAAAUUUUUUGCCACAAUACAGAUGGAAAUGUUUUACUGUUAUAAAUUCUAAACUCAAUUCAUUUCCAAUUAGAAUGUAGGCAGAACACCUGGAUGUGACUUUCAGUUCUUGAAUGUCUAUUCUUUUUUCCAACUAAAACUGAGAACUGCCACUGGUCAAUAAACUGUAAAGGGGGUUGGGGGUUUAGCUCAGUGGUUCCUACACCUGCCUCACAAGUGCAAGGUUCUGAGUUCGAUCCCUGGUACCAAAAAAAA